CUUGUGGAGAUAUUCCAGAACAAAUUCGAUCACCAAGCGGGACAAUCACAAGUCCAGGGUGGCCCUCUGAGUAUCCUGCCCGAAUCAACUGUAGCUGGUACAUCCAUGCAAACCCAGGGGAGAUCAUUACUAUAAGCUUUCAAGAUUUUGAUGUUCAGGGAUCACGACGAUGCAGCUCAGAUUGGUUAACAAUUGGAAGCUACAAGAAUAUUGAAGGCUAUAGAGCAUGCGGCUCCUCCAUUCCUUCACCAUACAUCUCUUCACAGGAUCAUGUUUGGAUCAGAUUUCAUUCAGAUGAUAGCAUCUCCAGAAAAGGCUUCAGAUUAGCCUACUUUGCUGGGAAAUCUGAUGAACCAAGUUGUGACUGUGACCAGUUUCAUUGUGCUAAUGGGAAGUGUAUUCCAGAAAGUUGGAAAUGUAAUAAUAUGGAUGAAUGUGGAGACAACUCGGACGAAGAAAUCUGUGCCAAAGCUAAUCCUCCGACAGCUUCUUCCUUUCAACCUUGUGCUUACAGUCAGUUCCAGUGUCUUUCUCGCUUCACCAAGCUUUACACUUGCCUUCCAGAGUCUUUAAAAUGUGAUGGUAACAUUGAUUGUCUUGACCUAGGAGAUGAAAUAGACUGUGAUGUGCCAACAUGUGGGCAGUGGUUAAAAUACUUUUAUGGUACUUUCAGUUCUCCCAACUAUCCUGACUUCUAUCCACCUGGAAGCAACUGCACCUGGCUGAUAGACACUGGUGACCAUCGCAAAGUAAUUUUGCGAUUCACUGAUUUUAAACUUGAUGGUACAGGUUAUGGAGACUAUGUCAAAAUAUAUGAUGGAUUAGAGGAGAAUCCCCGGAGGCUGUUGCGCGUGCUAACAGCAUUUGACUCUCAUGCUCCCCUCACAGUUGUUUCAUCCUCAGGACAGAUAAGAGUGCAUUUUUGUGCUGACAAAGUGAAUGCUGCACGAGGAUUCAAUGCCACCUAUCAAGUAGAUGGCUUCUGUUUGCCAUGGGAAAUUCCAUGUGGUGGAAAUUGGGGUUGCUACACUGAGCAGCAACGCUGCGAUGGCUACUGGCACUGUCCAAACGGAAGGGAUGAAACCAACUGCACCAUGUGCCAAAGAGAUGAGUUUCCCUGCUCUCGAAAUGGUGUUUGCUACCCUCGGUCAGAUCGCUGCAACUACCAGAACCAUUGCCCUAAUGGUUCAGAUGAAAAAAAUUGUUUCUUCUGUCAGCCAGGAAAUUUUCAUUGUAAAAAUAACCGCUGUGUGUUUGAGAGCUGGGUUUGCGAUUCUCAAGAUGACUGUGGCGAUGGCAGUGACGAAGAGAAUUGCCCAGUCAUUGUGCCCACUAGAGUAAUAACUGCAGCUGUCAUUGGGAGUCUUAUUUGUGGAUUGCUGCUUGUCAUUGCACUGGGAUGUACUUGUAAAUUGUACUCACUCAGGAUGUUUGAGCGAAGAUCAUUUGAAACACAUUUGUCAAGGGUUGAGGCUGAACUGCUAAGAAGAGAAGCUCCUCCAUCCUAUGGACAGUUAAUUGCCCAGGGUUUAAUUCCACCAGUUGAAGAUUUUCCUGUUUGUUCACCAAAUCAGGCUUCAGUUCUGGAAAACCUGAGACUGGCAGUACGAUCUCAGCUUGGAUUUACCUCAAUCAGACUUCCUAUUGCUGGCAGAUCGAGUAACAUUUGGAAUCGAAUUUUUAAUUUUGCAAGGUCGCGUCAUUCUGGAUCAUUGGCAUUGGUCUCAGCGGAUGGAGAUGAUGUUGCCAACCAAAGUACUAGUAGAGAAGCUGAAAGAAAUAAUACUCACAGAAGUCUGUUUUCAGUUGAAUCUGAUGAUACAGACACAGAAAAUGAAAGAAGAGACACAGCGGGAGCAGUUGGUGGUGUUGCUGCCACUUUGCCUCAGAAAGUCCCACCUGCAACAGCAAUAGAAGCCACAGUCGGAGCAUGUGGGAGUUCCUCUGCUCAGAGCGGCAGUAGGGGUAACACGGAUAGUGGAAGAGAAGUGACGAGUGUAGAGCCCCCAAGCACAAGUCCCGCACGUCACCAGCUCACUAGUGCGCUAAGUCGUAUGACUCAAGGCUUACGCUGGGUACGCUUUACUUUAGGGAGAUCAAGCUCAGUGAAUCAGAACCAAAGUCCUUUGAGACAGCUUGAUAAUGGGGUAAGUGGAAGAGAAGAGGAUGAUGAUGUUGAAAUGUUAAUUCCAGUCUCUGAUGUAGCAUCAGACUUUGACGUGAAUGACUGUUCAAGACCUCUACUUGAUCUCAGCUCAGAUCAAGGACCAGGGCUUAGACAGCCUUACAGUGCAACACAUCACGGUGUAAGGUCAUGCAGUCGAGAUGGGCCCUGUGAGAGCUGUGGCAUCGUACACACUGCCCAGAUACCCGACACUUGCUUAGAAGCAACAGUGAAAAAUGAAACUAGUGACGAUGAGGCAUUAUUACUCUGCUAGGUACGGAUUGUUUAGGAAAGAUUGUGUACAAGUUGGAGCAAUAUCUGUCAUUGUUUUGUACUUCACAGUUAAAACUAGUUUUUAGUUUUAAAAAGUCCAGGAGAACAUUAUGUUAAAACUAUUUUAGCCUGUGUGGUUAUUAAACAUUUCUUAUACUGGAUGAUGUUAUGGAACUAUUAGAGUGAACGUUUUAAUGGCUCUGAAUACACGAUGUGUGUAUCCAGUAUAAUCUGAUUACUCUUUAAACUGAAGCUAUCCCACUUAGUUUCAAAUUUAGUUUAUCCUGGUACUGUAGUUCAAACCAGAAACAUGGCUGCUCAAGACUUAUUUGGCUGCCUGUUUAACCCCAUAUUAACAGGUGAAUUUGUACAGAAUUAUUUUCCUUUAGGAAUUGACUCUGUUGUAUUAUUGCCAACAUACUUGUAACUUAAUAUACUAAAUGCUGGUAAGGAUUGUUAAUGUAAAAUAUGUACUUUUCUUUGAGUUUAUACAACACUUUGUCUAAAUAUUCUUGAAUUUCAUCAUAAUGUGAACUUACUUAAAGGGAGGAGAUACUUUCUCCAGGAGCAUUCUUUUUCCUUCAGAAGUACAAAAUGCAAUGAUUUGUGAAAUUUAGAUACAAUAGAUAAACUGGUGGCAAAAGCUUUUAUAGCACUGACUUUCCUAAACUGCAGUCUAAUAUGGUACAGCCAAAUAGUACGUAAAAUCCCCAGUCAUUAGUCUUUUCGAUUUGAAGUAAAACAAGGCCGAAGAUAUUACAAUAUGUGUUAGUUCUUUAAAUAUCCGAUAUGUACAAAUACACUACAGAAUAAGUUCCAACUGGUAAUAGAAUACUGUAGGGUGUAAAGCUUGUUUGGACUCAAGGGAUUUGCACUAAAAUCAUAUUAAGGUCUCUAAUGAGCUUAGUGCACAAGCACUAUCACUUUAAGUACUAUUAUUGUCUAAUAUUGCAAU